AUGGAGAAGAAUAUUCCCUUAUCGUCUUCUAACAAGAUGACAGUCAGAUGGUCUGCGUUUGAAGAAGAGGAAGAAGAAGAAGAAGAAGAGGAAGAUGCCACCCCGCUUGUUAGCAGAAAGAGAUCCCGAUCUUCUGCCUCUUCUGAAGUUCAACCCAGCCCUGUUCAAGGGUCUGAAUUGCGUUCCAAGUUUCGCCAUGAGAGCUCCGAAGUUCCUCGAGAUUCUCGUGCUUCGAAAAGGGUUAAGAAGAUGGCUCAUCGACAACGUCAACUCUCCUCGUUGCCUGAAGAAGAGUUUACUCAGGAUAUUCCGAUUGAUCGAGGGGCUGAGCCAGAAGAGGAAGGGGAAAUCGUGCCCGAGCCUUCUUCUCCGGGUUUAAUGGAUGUUGAUGAGUCCAGCUUCACUCAACAGGUGCAAAAAGCGAUGAGUGAAGAACCCCUCAAUGUGGACACUGCCCCUCCUCCGGCCACUACAUCGACCUCACCAACUGCCGACACAGUUAAACUAAAGGAGGUGAGUGCGGAUAGUAGCGCUACUGACCCCGCAAUUGUUAUUGAAGUUAAACUAAAGGAGGUGAGUGCGGGUAGUAGCGCUGCUAAUCCCGCAACUAUUGUUGAAGACAUCCCUGUCAACGAACCGAAAGACAUAGAACUUACCCAUGAUAUGGGUAUCGGGGAUUUCGAUGAGCGAGACUUUGAUCUUGACAUUUCUGAAGAUGUACACCAGGAAAUCUCCGAUAUACUAUCAACUCCGGUUCCAUCUGCUACUGCAGGACCAACUAUUCGAGUUGAUUCAGCUGAAGUAGGUGCAUCAAAAGGUAUACCCUUUUAG